AAGAGCGGAGAAGAUUUAUCAGCGAAAGACUUCUUCAGAGACACAACAAUCCUUUCCACAUUGUCCUUCUAGAGUUUUUUUCUUAAGCAUCUCUGAGUCAUUCUUGCUAUUGAAAGUACACCAUGGACCAGCUCAUGGCAGUGAAAGUUGGGUGCCUUGUGGCUCUUCUGGCUCUUACUUUGAUUGUUGGCAUGAUUCCUCCAUUUGUCAGUUGGUUCCUGAAGAGUAGUGUUAACGGUACCUACCAAUUCAUAAUUUGCCUUAUCAGUUCCUUUGCUGCAGGCACAUUCUUGGGUGCUUGUCUGCUUCACGUGGUGGCGGAAGCCCUCUCAUCAAUUGCAACAGAGCUUUCAUAUAUCGCAUAUCCCAUGGGAGAAUUAAUCCUGUCAUUGGGCUUUUUUUUUGUCCUGUUCAUUGAGCGUAUUGUGCUGCAGUAUUACUAUCAUUCCCGAUCCCAGCAAUUGGAUGAAAUCGCUUUACCACCCGCUCAGAACUCUCCAGAAGCCAGCUGCACAGAGAAGCAGGAGCAUCCAGCAGAGAUAAAUAAUGACACUGAUGUUUCUCACAAUCAUAUUCAUUUUAAUCUUCAUUCCUAUUCAUCAUUCCGGUCACUGAUACUCUUUCUUUCUCUUUCCAUCCACUCUGUUUUUGAGGGUCUAGCCAUAGGACUUCAGUCAAACUAUUCCAGUGCUCUGCAGAUUGCAAUUGCCGUGCUUAUACACAAGGGUGUGAUUGUCUUUAGUUUGUCUCUAAAACUAACUCAAAGCAAGAUCAAACCACUUUGGUUACUUGUAUAUGUGAUAACAUUUACCUUGAUGUCUCCUAUUGGCAUUACUAUUGGCAUUAUUGUAACAUUAAAAAAGACCACUAUCAUAACUGUAGUACAGGCCAUCCUAGAAGGCAUCGCCUCUGGGACCUUUGUCUAUGUCACCUUUCUGGAGAUUCUGCCACAAGAACUUAACACUGAGGAAAAACCACUUCUCAAACUUCUCUUUGUUAUUCUUGGCUUCACAGCUAUGGCAGUUAUAGCCAUAUGGGCUUGAUCCGUCUGCCUUAAUCAGCAUUAUGGAAACUGACUGUCGUUCUGUACCUAUCACUAAAUCCAUUAAAAUGUUCUUCUUUGA